AUAAAACAGCUGGGAAGAAAAUCAAUUGCACCACGUACGAUAGAGAAACACGCAUUUUGUCUUAUGAAAUAGUCAUAAUUUACUAAUAAGCGUAUUUGUUGGAAUUAAACAGUGCUUUGUUUGAAUAUAUUUGAUUUAAAACAUGCCAGUAGACCAGAUACAGUAUUCAGAAAGGUACAACGAUGAUGUUUACGAAUAUAGACAUGUAAUACUCCCACCGGACAUAGCCAGACUAGUACCAAAGUCUCACCUUAUGACAGAAACAGAAUGGAGAAACCUCGGUGUCCAACAGAGUCCUGGCUGGUUACACUUUAUGGUGCACAACCCGGAGCCACAUGUCCUUUUAUUUAGACGACCUCGAACCGACAUACCAACUCCUGUUAAUGGCUUAGAUGCAAGUACUUCUUCUACAGUAAGAGUCUGAUGAAGUGGAUUUCAUAGCAUAUAGGCCACACCUUUAACUUAUUAUCUAACUCAAGGAACACAUUUAUAGUUAUGAUAAUGUAAAUUUUCAUGAUAAAUAUAGAUUAAUAAUUUCUUAAUGAGAAUAAGUAUUCGCGUAUAACAGCAAUAUGCAGUCUUAUAUUAUCUAAUAUAGAUAUAGUUAAAAAAUAUACAAUAUGUUGUAUUUUGUGAUAUAACAAACGUAAUUCAAUUUUAAAUUUGAAUUGCAUUGAAAAAUGUCAAUAAUUGUUCCUAAUGUUAGACUUGUUGAACACGUAUGUGUUAUUCAGCUCACGAUUGCUCACUGAAGUGCUUGUUGAAGAAAAUGUUUAUUACAAUGUCGUUGAAUAUCAUAGACUAAAAGGUGAUAUUAAAAGUACUAGAUGUGAUAUUCUUUAGCAUACUUAAUCAGUUAUACACACGUAUAUUUAAAGGUGCUUAAAACUAAGUAAAGUGGCCUUCGACUGAUGUACCAUACCUGUUAUUAAUGCUAAGCUCAUACACAAUGUAUAAAUACAAAUUAUAUUUAAAAUGCAAUGGAUUUAUUUAAGAACAUUAUAAACAUGCUUGACAUAUUGUUAACCAAAUAAAAAUUAUUAUGUUUCUUUUA